AUGGCUACAUCGAAUAGAUCUAGUGUUGCUCUCCCGGAGUCCUUUUCUGACGGGGAUAUUGAGUUUUGGUUGCGUAAAUAUGAGCUUUGCUCCGAGGCAAAUGAGUGGAAAGAGGAUAUUAUGUUGAAACGCUUGCCUACUCUUCUAUGUGGAAAAGCAUUCGCCGUGUUUGAACGACUUGAAGGAGAACAGAAAGCGUCGUUUAAGAAUGUGCGUGAAGCGCUCGUUGCCGCUUUCGGAGGAGAUGCGACCGGGAUGCAUAUAGCAAUGAUGGAAUUUCGCAAACGAGAGCGUAAACCUGAGGAGGAUAUUCAAGUCUUCGCGUACAAUUUGGAGUCAUUACUAAGACGCGCAAUGCCUAAACUGGGCGCAAACGAACGUGAUAUUCUGCUGAAACAACAAUUUAUCGAAGGGAUAAAUCCUGCGUUAAAGAAAGAACUUUUACAGCAGCCGAAAAUUUCCUAUGGCGAAACGUUGUCGGCGGCGCAACAGCUAGAUUUGGCCAUUAAAUUUUCGUCAAACGAUAGCGUAAGCCAUAUCAACCAAACUACCGCAAGCUCGACCGCAAGUAGAUAUCAACCUGAAUCGCAGUCAACUAUUAUCACCCAGAUGAUGGCAAAUAUGGAAAUAUUGACCGAAAAAGUCAACCAGCUGUCAGACAACAUGAGCAGAGUAAACGCGGUCGCAUGAAGAAUUCCCCCACAGCCACGAUCCAGGGCAUGUUUCCGUUGCGGCAAUCAAGGCCACAUUGCUCGAGAAUGUCGGAAUCCAUCUCGUGCCAGAACAGAGCAUCGACAGCGCGAGACGGAAAAUUAUUGUUUCGUUUGCGGGCAAAUCGGACAUUUUGCUCGUCAAUGCCCCAAUAGAUUCCAGUCCCCAGCAGCGCGUCAACAGGGAAACUACAACGGGUCGACCCGCUAUUAGGCCGCGAGUCUACCCGCAACGAUAUGGCCUUACCAAUUAUUGACAUUGUAUCCAACCGACCGGAGUUUUUAUCGAAGCACGUAUUGAGGGACGUGAGCAAAAAUGUUUAGUAGAUACAGGAGCCUCCGUAUCUUUAGUAAGUCGUCAAUUGGUCCCUGGUCCUUUGACACCAUGUUCUCUGAAAGCACGAGGAAUCGGCGGUGAAGAACUUCAAAUUCUUGGUCAAGCAAAACUACAGUUCCAGUUGGGUAAGGACACAUUUGUUCAUUCGUUUGUUGCCGUUGGCAUGACUAAUACUUGUAUUUUGGGUGCUGACUUUCUAAAAGCUAGCAAAAUGCUGGUCGAUGUAGGAAAUUCGAAGUUGUCCUGGCCGGGUGGUAACGUGCCACUAGCUGUAGAGCUUACAACCCCAUCAGUCAAUAAGUUGAGUGUCUUAUUGGAGAAUUAUGCGGAUGUGUUUGUCAACGGUCCGAAUGAUCCGUUGGGUUGUACUCGAGACACGGAACAUUUGAUUGACACGGGAGACAGUCGACCAAUCAAGCAACGCCCCUACCGAAUCCCUGUACACCUCCAAACCGUUGUUAAUCAACAAGUUGCUGAAAUGCAAGAACGAGGUCUCAUUAGAUCAAGCACUAGUCCCUGGUCAUCACCAAUUGUGUUAGCGCCGAAAAAGGAUGGAAAUUAUCGGUUUUGUGUAGAUUUUCGUCGGGUAAAUUCGGUGACGAAGAAGGAUGCGCAACCAAUGCCACGAAUCGAUGACAUUCUCGAUCAGUUGGACGGAGCAAGAUGCUUUAGUACACUUGAUCUUGCAUCUGGCUAUUGGCAGGUUCCGUUACGAGAGGAAGACCGGGAGAAAACAGCGUUCUCGGUUGGG